UUAUAAGUACCGUGCGCUAACCAAUUGCGCCACUAGAGCCUGCCGGUUUGUUGACAUAAAACCGCAUUUCAGCAGCACGCCGCAUGCGGUGAAUAAAUUUUUCCAAAAUUUUAAGGAAAAGAAGUUUGGCGCGCGCGAUUUUUCCCGAUUUCGUUUAACAGCCGGCUUUAUUUGGCCGAUGCCGCCGACGAUUGUCGAUUGUCGCGCGACCUCGGCCGUUUCCGUAAAAUCAUAUGGGUCGACGACGGCCAUGAAUUUUGCAAACGUCAACGUAGUUCGAACGAGAUUUACGAGGAUGGUAAAAACAUGAGUUGGUUCGAUGCGGGGGCCCUGGCGAACAUCGCCAAGUCCGCGCUGAAGGAGGCGCAAAAAACCAUCGACAAGGCGCUGGACAUUAAGGAGAACGUGGACGACCACCCGCACUUAAGCACCCCGGUUGACACCAAUUCGGACGACUUCUUCGGCACUUGGGGCGUGAUCCAGUCGGGCGAGGUGGUGGGUUCGAGGCGGCAUUCCUCGGAGGCCGACGCGGCUCAGAACAAACUCGCGACGAGCCUAUGGGGAUCGUUCACGGGAUCAUUUUUCGACAACGCGAGGGACGUGAAAUCGAUAUCUGUGGAGAGUCUGGACGAUAGCGGCGGUCACAGCGAUUUCAGCAAAAGUAAGCUGGUGGUGCAGCAUUCCGAAGACAUAGACGUAGAAUGCGAGCUGGGAGAACGUUUUGCGGACGUUGACUCGAAUCAUAAGACCAAGUCGGUUAACCGCUUAUCGGGGGUGAGCUCGGAGAGCGGCAAGAACAGUUCGGAAAGUGUCGACGUGCUGACGCCCGAUUCCGACAUCUUGUCGGCGGGAGUUUCCUCGUCCAGUUCGGCGGGCGGGUUGAGAAACACGUCCGGUUCGGUCGAGGUUCUCGGUGACAGUUUAGCAAGCCCGAGCUCUGUGGAAGUAAUCGACUCGACAGAAACGAACAGGUCUCAAUGUACCGACGAUUACGUAUCGCCGUCGGAUUCCCCGCAGCUCACCGACAAGGCGACGACACCCCUUUCACCGGACAGCGUGGAAGUCAUCGCCGAGGAGCAAGACGAAUGCAGCAUGGCCGAAGACACCGUGUCUUACACCUCGGUGUCGGAAAGUACCUCCGCCACGGUGUUGGACACGUCUUUCAACGUGCCUCCGAAGACGUUAGAGGGCGAGGGCUCGGCUAUAACGCAGGCGCCCGUUAGAAGCAUCCGGCUUUUACCGUUGCCCCAAGUUAACCAAGUGUUAAUCGAUACCCAACCGCACAGUACUAACAAGCAAGACCUGCCAGUCAUACUCGAAAAGACCAAUAUAAUCGAUUUUCCGCGGGACGAGGAACGCGGCGUCGACCAGUCUGUGGACGACGGGUCCCAGUCAGACAGGACGGUCGUCGGAAGCGAGGACAACGUCAUGGAGAGCAGCAGCGACACCACGACCGACGUCAGCACGAAUUCCGCUUCUGUAAAGAAAAUGCUGGCGGACGCGAUGACGGAAAAAAUUCGGGAAUCGUCGCCCCUCAGUUCGGAGAGGUCGGACUUGGUCAAGGUGGGUUCGGACAACACCUCGUGUCACACAUCUUGCGACGAGUUGGAGACCACCACGUCGUCCGACAUCGAAAUAAUUUCGAGUCCCAACGGGGACUCGAGCAGCACGCGGAGCAGGCGCAGCCCCGCCCGGCCGCUGCCCCCCAAACCCGACGACUGCUCGAAAAAAUCCAAGGGACACAACCGCGAGCCCUCUGAAACGUCGAGCAUUAGCGACGACCCGCAACCAAACGGCGAGGUUGAUCGCUUACUGAAGAGAAUCUCCGAGAUGACCGAGAUUUUGGAGUCGCGCGAGACGAAGCUAAUUGAUAUGACCAGGAGAAACGCGGAACUGCUCGAACAGAAUACCGACCUCAAAAAUCAGCUCGACUGCGUGCUGACGCAGCAAUUGGAGUCGGCGGAUGUGACGCAAGUUACGGAAGAGUAUACGCAACGGUUGGCGGCUUUAGAAAAGAAAUUUCAACAGGCGAUAAGGGAGAAGGACACGCUCAGGAAGCAGCUAGACCAGGCGAUAAGGGAAAAGGAUACGCGCCCCAGCAAAAGCGAGCUGGAAUCCAAGAUGGCGACCAAAGAUCAGCUGAUCAAAGAGCUGCGCGAGGAGGGGGAGAAGUUGUCGAAGCAGCAGCUUCAGCACUCGAACAUCAUCAAGAAGCUGCGCGCGAAAGAGAAGGAGCAGGAAACGACCAUCAAGCACUUGAAGGAGAGCCACGAGACGCUGUCGCUGGAAGCGGACCGUCUUAAGAAGUCGCUGUCGGCCAAAGAGGAGGUGGAACGCACCCAGAUCGAAGCGGUGAAUCGGCUGACGAUCAAAAACAAGAAGCUGGAAGGCGAACUGACGAAAACUAGAAGUCAGCUCGACGACCUGACCCAGAGGUACGACGCGACGAAGAAAUCGCUCGAGGCGGCGAAGAAGGAGCUCGCGGAGAAAAGCAGGACGGUGCAGGAGCUGCAGGCGGGCGAGGAGCUGCUGCGCAGCCUGCAGAGCCGGCAGCGGAUGACCGAAUCGCAGAACGAGGAGGUGUUGGGCCAGUUGGACGAUCUACGUUGCCGUCUGCGCGUCUCCGAGGAGGAGUACCUCCAGAAGGAGCACAAACUGAGGCUGGAAAAUGCGGAGCUACUGCGUAGGCUCGAGGAGGCCGGAGCCAGGAACGAGGAACUCUCGCAGUCGGUGCUGGAGGUCAGCAAGCCUUUGGUGCGGCAACUGGAGUCGCUCCAGGCGACCCACUCGGCGGAGGUGGCCGGUUUCGAGAAGAUGGAGCGCGAGCUGACGUUAAAGAUAAGCGACCUGAAAAGUAAACUGCGGACGUCCGCUAGUCUGGAACGCUCAGCCUCCGAAGAGUGCGUGAGUCUGAGGGCGAGGUUGGCCGAUUUGGAAGGCCAGCUGGGCUCGGCGCGGCACCGGCUCGAACUCCUCGGCGUCGAGCUCGAACGACAGAAGACUAAUGGCGAGCUGACCGCGCGAGAUCUCCAAAGGGAGAUCGAGGCGCUGCGCGAGUCGCUCGCAAAUCGGGAAGCCACCAUAGAACGACAGACGGCCGAAAUCGAGAGCCUGCAGCGGCAAAUGGCGGCCGAUAAGACGGCGCUCGAGGUCGAGAGGAAGCGACUGUCAAGUUUGCAGGAAUCGUCGAUCGAGAGGUCGGUGAGUAAUUCCCCCACGCUGAGCAUAGGCAAAGCUUCGAUUCCCGAGUCGCUGAGCGGCUCGUUUUGGUCGCAGGACGAACCGUUCGAGGCCAGCCACGCGCCUCGUUACGCGAACGUGUUCGAGAUGCAGACGCUGCAGUCUAAUUUGAAGCAGCGCGAGGGCGAGGUGCAGCAGCUGCAGUGGGAGUUGAGCAGGCGCGAGCAGGAACGUUCUCUGCUCAACAUGGAGAUUUCUACCCUACUCACUCGCGUCGAAGGGCUCGAGACGACGGUCAAAGCGCAGGACGAACUGAGGGCGCAGUUCGUCGACCUCCAACGUCAGUACGACACGCUGUGCCAGUUGUACGGCGAGAAGGUCGAGGAGAACGACGAGCUGAAACUGGAUCUAGCAGACGUUAAGGAGAUGUACAAGAGUCAAAUCGACGAGCUGUUGAAGCAGCAAAGGCAGGCGCGUUAAGCUGAAAAGGGUUAAUUCCCUUUAAAUAGGUAUUUUUCGAGUUUAAUCUGUGAUAUAGACGGUUUCUUAUAUUAUGUGCUUGUAAUAUAUUGAUUAGCAAAUAAUCAACGUUUACUUAC